CAUUCAGGAUUCACCACCAUCCCAAAUUGAGUCCAAUAGGUAGUAGGUAGACAAAAGUGAAGCAGCAAGGAAGGAUAUGUUACAAUUAUACAAUAAUGAUUAAUGAGUGAAAUUGAAAGUGCUAGUGCCAGAGAAGAACACUCUUCGCUCGCUCUAACUCUGUAACAACACACGUCUCCCUCCACUCCCCAAUCCUAUUUAUUGCUCACACCACUCUCUCAAAUCCCUAAUCCCAAUUAGGUUCCCAAUUCCGCCAUGCGCCACUGCUCCACCUAGCCAACCAUGGAAGGCAACAAGGACGAAGCAUUGCGCUGCGUCCGCAUCGCCCAGGAAGCCAUCGCUUCGGGGAACAAAGAACGCGCCCUCAAAUUCCUCACAAUCGCGCGCCGCCUCAACCGCGAUUUGCCCCUCCAAUCGCUCCUCGACACGUGUCACCGCCUCGACUCCCGCUCCUCCUCCGCCGCCGCCGCCGCCGCGCCGGCCGACGCGCCCUCCCCGCCGCGCGAGGUCAGGAAUAAUUACACCGAAGAGAACGUUAACCUGAUUAGGGAAAUCAAAUCGAAGAGCGAUUACUACGCUAUUCUUGGAUUAGAGAAAAACUCCUCCGUCGAAGAGAUUCGAAAGGCUUAUAGGAAACUCUCGCUCAAGGUUCAUCCCGAUAAGAACAAAGCUCCUGGCUCUGAAAACGCCUUCAAGAAGGUUUCCAAGGCUUUCAAGUGCUUGAGCGACGAUGGUUCUAGAAGGAUCUACGACCAGACCGGCACGCUCCACGAAUUCGACAACUCCGAGGUCAACUCUUUCCGACGCCGGAGAAGAAGAGCCACGGCGACGACAACGACGCGGGAUUUCUUCGACGAAGAGUUCGACCCCGACGAGAUUUUCCGAGCGUUCUUCGGCCACUCCGACGUGUUUGGGCGAAACCACGUUUACAGAGGCCGCGGAAUGGGGAACCAGCACAACCAGCGGCACGAGGUCAACGCUGGAUCGGGUGGGAGGCACCACAACGUGAUGCUUUUGAUUCAGCUUUUGCCGUUUUUGAUCAUUGUGCUGCUUGCGUACUUGCCGUUCUCCGACCCGGAGUAUUCCCUGCACAAGCAUUAUGCUUACCAGGUUCCCAAGACCACGGCGCAGCACGGGGUUCAGUUCUUCGUGAAAUCGGCGGCGUUUGAGGCCAGGUACCCGCCGGGGAGCGAUGCUCGGAGGGCGGUUGAGGAGAGUGUGGUGAAGGAUUAUAGGAACAUGCUUCGGAGGUAUUGCCAGGUGGAGAUGCAGAGACGGAGCUGGAAUAGGAACCUGCCUGCUCCUCACUGUGAUAAGCUCAAGAGCAUUGCUGGGGUGGCGUGAAGGACAGUGAUCUGUCAGCACAUAUGUCUCAGCAGAAUAUCUCAGCCAUGAGCCUCUCUUGUCCAGUUGCCUUCUGGUCAUGCUCUAGCACCUGGAGGAGCAUAAACCUCUCCUCUCCUUUCUGAGUGAUCGACAGAGUCACAGACACCUGACCACUGAUGUCUCAGGCAAGUCCCUAGCCUUCAUUUCCAGUUUGAGACACUACUCUGUCAUCCUUGAAACUGCUUGACUAUGUCUCCACCACAAUUCUCCUGUUUUGUUCCCUCUCUGUCUGGCCUUGUUGGUAUGUGAUAAACUCAGAAUGGUAAAGUCAGAAUAACUGCUCCCUUUAUCAGCGGCAUGAUGCUUUGAAAUCUUUGGGUCCCACUGAAGUGGGAUUGUUCCACUUCCACUUCUGAUUCAUUGGUUGCAUUCCUUCCCUUCUCUGAUAUAUCAAGCAUUCUGUAAACCACAACUGUAAUCCC